UGCUAAAGACGUCACGAAUUACUCCAAGUUUGGUGAUACGCCUUAAAUACGACCAUGUCAUAUCCAACGCGACCGAUAUCCUCGCAUAUGCGCGCACCGAGCGCGUCUGCUUCAUCAAGUGGACAGUCGCCAGCAUUAUUAGCGCGAAUCGAAGAGAAAAAGGCCGAACUCGAAAACCUUAAAGAGCUUCGAGAGCUCAGCGCAGCGGUCGCAACACAAAUGGAAGCUUUGGAACAGAAACUCUUGACUCUUUCCGAUGGAACAGAGGCAAUUGCAGCCGUUGUUGGAAACUGGCAUAAUGUGCUACGUGCCAUCAACAUGGCUUCUUCCAAACUGGCGAAGACGGCAGCCGAUCCGACAAACGCAUCAGAAGAUCCAACAGGGCCUCUGCCUCAAACACUAGUCCGAAUUCCAACAGAGCAUGCACCGGCUCUCCAAGCUCAGGCGGAAGCUGCAGAAGCUGCAGCCGAGGAAGAAGAAUCAUGAAAAGACUUCAUCAUCGGUCAAAACUUACGAAAGCCGGGAUAUCUUCCUCCCAGUUUUAGAGUGCCUCGCGAUUCAUGGGUGCUUAUAUGGGGAUAUGCUACAGGCAGCUUCUAUUUGACAAACGCCGCAAGCUCCUUACCAUCUCGACGAGGUUGUUUUUG